GCUCGUUGGGGUCGACUUCCGACCCGAGAUUUCAUGGGGGGAAUCCUUUGCGCAGCCUUAUUCUCCCUCUCUCUCUCUUUCCAUUCCCUUCCUCCAAAUAAGUUUUGGUGAUGCCAACAAGAGUUUGAUUUUGAGAAUUCAUGUCUUCUUACGACGGGCUCCAGGUUGUGCAGCACGAUGGAUCUCAACAACGGCACUAUGAAGCUCCAAUACCUGUCGGGCAGCAUUCGCACGAAGCCCCAAUACCAGCCUUGCAAAAUUCAUAUGAAAAGGGGCCCCAAAUUGGAGUUGAGAGUGGAGAUGGAACUCCUUCUGGGAAACCAAUAUUAGGCAUGCGAAGGAAAAUAUUCUGGCUUGUUCUUGCGAUUGUGGUUGUAGUGAUCGUGGCCGCAGUUGGUGGUGGUGUUGGGGGCUCGUUAGCAAACAAGAAGACGACGUCCAGUGGGCCGCCUGUUACGCAAAGUUCUGGCUCUACCACACAAUCAACUGCUUCCCGAACAUCAGCAACCAGCUCCGCCUCGACACCCUCAGCCUCCACACCUAUCUCAACUGCGAGUGGUUAUACCGGCUGUCCCGACGUUAACGGUACUAUCUUCACUGCUUCUUCCGGAGCCAAGUUCAUCCAGUACUGCGACUAUGAUAUUAUGAGCUCCACAGAAAUCAAUUUCGAUCACCAAGCGACCCCUAAUCUCGAUGGAUGCAUCAACCAGUGUGAUGCAGCGAAUACGCUAAAUAAGAACACGGGGUGUAAAGCGGUGACAUAUGACUUUGUGGGACAUGAUUUUCUGCUUUGUUGGUUGAAGAAUGGGACGGGGACCUUGGAGUUGGAUUCUUUGGCGGGCGCUGUGGGAAAUUAUUCGGUUUCUGCUGUGUUACAAUGAUUUGGGGUAGUGGUAUUGGAGUGUAUAGAUAUGUAGUUGUGUAAUGGUCCAUCUCAUCAAGAAAUGAGUCGUAAGGGGUUUGUAGUUUUCCAGGAUCUUACCACAGCACUUCACUAGAAUCGAAUAAUGGCCAGGAUUAUAAUCGGU